AUGACUCCCACCUUCCAGGGCCGCCGCCCCGGCGUCCCAGCCCAGAGAACAGCCGAACAGAGAGCAACGCUGCGAGAGCACUACACGCCGACGCGAGGAACUCAACCACGACCACUGCGCCACCACCUCGGCAGGGGCAAGAUCCACGACCAGAGCAGCAACCUACAGCCCCCAUGGCUGUCAGGUGCCCUCCAACUCUGGAGCAACGGACGGGGGCUCGAUUGGGCCCGGGGCCCCUGCCCCGGCCCGCACGAGGACGGCCAGAUCUGGAGCCGCCAUGCCAACCGCCGCCACAGGGAACAUCCGCGCCGCCGGCUCGUCGCAGCGUCGUCUCCGGCCAAGCCCAGCCGCAUCAGGCCCCGCAAUCCCUGCCCUCGGCCAAGUUGCCUCGAGGACGCGCCGCCCGCCGCCGCCCCACGCGGAGGAACCGCCGAAGCUGCCACGAGCACGCCCAAGGACCACCGCGAAGCCGCCACGCCGCCGGGGAACGGCCGCGCCGCCGCGCCCUACGCCGGCGCUGCGCCCUCGCCCGACCCGCGCCAGCCCGCGCCGCCGCCACCGCGCGAGGGGAGAGAAGGCCCCGCCGGCGCCGGCGCCCGCACGAGGCUCGCCGGCGACGCCCUCGGGCGGCGGCGAGGGGGAGGGGAGGAGCGCUGGGGGCGAGAGGAGCUGCGCCGCCGGGAGCUCCCAGGCCGCUCGCGGGAGCGGCUCAGGAGCUAG